UAAAUUUUUUUUUACUUCUUCACCGGUAAAAUGUGCACUUCCUGGUUUGCUGUCACUAUCGUGUAUUCUCAUUUUUGAUGCUGAAAAAAGUUUCGAUCUUAAAAUCUCACUGCCAAAAGUGAUGAUAGCAAUCAAACUUUUAAAGACUCACACUGAUAUUUUUUAAAGCAGACCUGACUCGUAACAAUUCUCCACCAUAUGAUAAUUUGUUAAUUAAAAACGGAAUGGCCCUGGGAAAAUUAUCUGAUUAUAAUGCAUGUAAAUAGUCUAUGUCAAAAGCAGAAUGUUUGAAUGAAUAAUAAAGUUGCAUAAAUAUAUUUUCUUAAAUAUUGAAAAGCACAAAACCAUUUAAAUUGGUCACAGAAUGGCUUCUGACGUAAUGAAGACCAUCACACCUAGCUCAUCUCUAAACAAAAGCAUGAAUAGUGGUAACCAUCAAACUGAUAAUGCGUUUCACUGUGAUAGUGGCUACUUGAUGAAUACACUUGGUCUUUUCCUACAGUUUCUACUGGCAGUGUUAGCUUUUACUUCAUUGAUAUUGAAAAGAUACUGUGAGCCAAGAUAUGAGAGGAGACCUUGGAAAAUAUGGUUUUAUGAUACCUCGAAACAAGCAUUUGGUGCUGCAGUCAUACAUUUUGCCAAUGUCUUUCUUGCUGAUGCUUUCCAAGGAGAUCCAUGUACAUGGUAUGUCGUUAGCUUUAUUUUAGAUUCAACAGUUGGUCUGUUUGUCAUAUAUAUAGGCUUAAAGAUGACACAAGUUUUUGUAAGAAGGAACAAGAUGGAGACAUUAUAUUUUGGCGAAUAUGGUAGUCCACCAAAAUGUAGUUCCUGGGUGGGGCAGUGUGGGUUGUACAUCUUGGUGAUGAUUAUAGAGAAAAUACUCAUGACCGCCCUCAUACAGUUUGAUUUCUGGGCUGAUGUCCGGCAUAUAAUAAUGUCCCCAGUGAAAGAUCCUAAAGUGGAGCUAGUGAUUGUGAUGUUUAUUGUCCCUUUGGUUGUGAACGCAUUUAUAUUUUGGGUAGUUGACAAUUUCUUGAAGAGGAGAACGAAGGACACUAAAACUAUAUACGUGAGUGACAGUGACCACACUGUACGAUACAGCCGUGGUGAAGACACAGCAAGACUGUAUAAUCGUAUAGACCGGACAGAUGACGGUGAUUCUGACAUCAUACUCACAGACGAGGACGGGGAGCUACGUCAGAGGCACAACAAUGAUAAUGACGUUGCGGAACUUCUAAUAACGUGAUGGAAUGUUUGUCAGCAUAAUUGUUAUGUAUGCCAAGAGUAAUUGUAUUAGAAUAUAAAAGUGAAAGUGAUGCCCAGAAGAAUGAAUAUUUAAUUUAGGAGAUUCUAGGCUGGGUAAUAAUUAAUUUGUUUUGUGAGAUUUUAUGCUACAGUUAUGUUUAAAGUGCUGUAUGUUGACCUUCAAGCAAAACAGAUUUAUCUCAUUCCGUAAUUUAUAUGAGUUGAGACUGUUUGGCAUGAACUGAAAUGAGAAGUAUUGAUUUUGUCUGGUUUUUUUUAUAAAUAUAUGCCUGAAAGGUUUCCUUUUAAACUUUAUAUCUUCAGAUUCUAGAAGGUGCUAAAACAUCAAGUGUAGCUGCUAGCAACAAGUUUAUUUUUCAUUGUUAUUUUUUUUUCUUUUUAAUUUUCAAACUAAAAUAUCAUUUUGGUCAAGUUCUGUAUUGUUUCAAGUGUGUGCUGCCCUUAUGCACUUAUGAACACAAAGAGCACUUAUGUUAUUUUUAGACAUAAGCAUAUGACAUAAGGUCUUUAUAUACAGGGCAUAAGAGAAAUUAUUUUCAUAUUAUCUUUUUUAUUUCUGAAUUAGUAAAAAGUUUUUUUGAUAUACCACAAAAAUCACUAAGUAGGUCAAGUGUUGGGUCUGUAAUCCCAACAAUUGCAUACAUGAUAGUCAAGUCCUAGUCUAGGAUGCUUCUUUGUUGUACUUUUUUUUGUCAGUAUAUUUGAUGAUAAAAUGGCCAAUACUAUUUUCACCUGUUCCUAUCUUAAGUACAUGUAUGCAUUUGAUUGCAAGGAAACAAGUUAACUGGACUUGAGCAGUUGCCAGAAGAACAUGAUUUAUUUGAAGGGGAGGUGGAUAGGGGAGCAUCUAUGGGCGAGUGAUUUAAAUUAUUACCUGUAUACCACAUGCCCCUCACUACUGUCACCUCACUACUGUGGGUUUGAAUCCUAACAUGGACUUUGAAGUCUAUUAUGUGAGAAAGCUAUCAAGUCAGAGCUUCUACUCAGGUGCUCAUUUGUGCCUGAAAUAAUGCACAGAAGGGCACAUAAGGACUUCCUCCAAAAAUAAAGCUGAAAAGUCACCUUAUGACCUAUAUAAUAUUUUUGUGUGAUGUAAAACCCAACCCAAUCAGCAUGCUGCCUGAUCUAUAUCAGAAAUAUGUGUAGAAUAGAUGAUUUUGAAGGUUUCUUGACCAAUUGAGAUUAAGUUAGUUUUGUUGUCAAAAUUGUAUUUUUGAAAUUAUGACUGCUAUGAUUUCAGUGCAAAAGGUUGAGGUCCCAUUCAUGUCUGUAUACAAUACACAUUUAAAUUUAAAAUUAUACUUUUUUUCUCAAAUAUAAGUAUUCACUGCCAUUUUGAAUUGUUUAUUAAUCUGUUACUGGCUCUAAAAUCCAGCGCAAGGUAUAUGGUGUAAAUAGAGAAUACCUGGUUGAUGUUUGGGUAGGAGAAGGUUUAUCAGGUGAGCGAGAAAGUGUAUCUUGGCGAGCUUUAGCGAUUUGAUUUAUCCUGCUUUUGUCUACUUUAAUCAUGUUUUUAGAUUAUUUAAAUUGUUUCAUUCUUACUUUUCCCCGAUAAAACAGCGUAGUUUUGUUUGGCUGCUAACCAUGUGACGCCAUCAUAUGACGUAAUGAGUGGAGAUAGAUAUGUUUAUCCAGCAAGGCUUUAUUGGGCUGAUAAUAUAGACAGUAGCUGGAUUAAUGUGAAAAUUUUCUUGUUAAUUUCAUACAUGAUUAUACAAAGCUCAUUUCUAUUUUUGUAUUUCUGCAUGAUUUCAAUAUAUUAGGUUUUUAAAGCUUUACAAUUAAAUUUUGAUAGAGAAAAAAGCAAAUAUAUUUUUCAGAAAUACACUUAUAUCGGAGCAUCCAUGAAGGUCAUUGAUGGUUCUACUCAAGUGCUCAUUCAUGCUUGAAAUAAUGUAAGAAGGAGUCCUGAGCCCCUCCCACGAGUAAAGCUGAAAAAUUGCCGUAUGAACUAUACAGUGUCUAUGUGACCAAAAUUUAAGCAAAACAAACAAGCAAACAUACAUGUACUUAGAAAUAUUUUUAAAAUAUUUGUCAAGGCCAGAAAUGGUUUUUCAUUUGUCGUUGUUCUUGUGAUGGACAUCACCUCAAUCAGAUAAAAAAAAAAAUACAUGUAAUACUUGCACUGUAAGUGAUUGAGUGGUGUGGUUUUUUGAAAUCUGAGAGUUGAAAUUCAGUUUAGUGCUUUAGAUCUUGGCUUUCAAUUUGAAAUUACAACACAAAAGUGUGUUCAAACAGGCAGGUACCAUAGUUACGUGGCUGUUGCCAGAUUUACUCGAAACUAUUUUUGUCAUACUUUAGUCAAAUUGUGAUAUUUUAUUUGUUAUAACAGAACUUUUUAUUAUAUCGGAUCAUGUUAACAAUAGCCUAAAACAAAACACUGUAACAUUCAUCAUCCCUAUAAUGUAAUGGGACUACUUUUUUAUGUCUAUCCAGUGGUUGAAAAAAGGCCCUUUAUUACAUGCCAAAGAAAAUAGUGCAGUAUUACUACACUUUGUUUGAAUGUGGUUAGUUUAACUUUUACUGAGGUCUGUUUUAACCUCCAAUACAGUGAUUUCUUUCACAUAAGCCUGUGACUAUGAAAACUUUGUAAUUAGAAUCUUGAGUUAAAAGUUUUAAAGUUUUAGAUAUAUAUGUACUGAUUUCAAACUUAGGUUGGUUAAUGCUUAUAAAGUGUAUAAGUUGUACAAUUUAAGCAUCUUAUUUCUUUUUGACAAACUUGCACACCUUUUUAACUUAAAUUCUGUGAGGUGUUUCUAGGCAAGAGUAUGUAAACUACAAUUUUUUGUACUUAUACAUUAUGACAUGAUUUUGCUCCCUUUUUGACUUAAAGGUUUUCAAAGACUUUUUACUUGUUCCUCUGUCGAAAGCCAAAAAAAAGCUGAACACACUACUCUUUUUUAUACCCCCGCACAACAAAGUUGUAAGGGGGGUAUACUGGAAUCAGCUUGUCCGUCCGGCCGUCCGUCGGUUUUUUCUUGUCCGCCCAAUAACUUAAGAUUCCUUUGACCCUUAGUCUUCAUAUUUGGCAUGGAGGUUAGUCAUGAUUAGUAGAUGACCCCUAUUGAUUUUGAGGUCACCAGGUCAAAGGUCAAGGUCACAGGGGCCUUGACUUCAAAAAGCUUGUCCGCCCAAUAACUUAAGAUUCCUUUGACCUACAGUCUUCAUAUUUGGCAUGGAGGUUAGUCAUGAUUAGUAGAUGACCCCUAUUGAUUUUGAGGUCACCAGGUCAAAGGUCAAGGUCACAGGGGCCUUGACUUCAAAAAGCUUGUCCGCCCAAUAACUUAAGAUUCCUUUGACUCACAGUCUUCAUAUUAGGCAUGGAGGUUAGUCAUGAUUAUUAGAUGACCCCUAUUGAUUUUGAGGUCACCAGGUCAAAGGUCAAGGUCACAGGGGCCUUGACUUCAAAAAGCUUGUCAGCCCAAUAACUUAAGAUUGCUUUGACCUACAGUCUUCAUAUUUGGCAUGGAGGUUAGUCAUGAUUAUUAGAUGACCCCUAUUGACUUUGAGGUCACCAGGUCAAAGGUCAAGGUCACAGGGGCCUUGACUUCAAAAAGCUUGUCCGCCCAAUAACUUAAGAUUGCUUUGACCCAUAGUCUUCAUAUUUGGCAUUGAGGUUAGUCAUGAUUAGUAGAUGACCCCUUUUGAUUUUGAGGUCACCAGGUCAAAGGUCAAGGUCACAGGGGCAUUGACUUCAAAAAGCUUGUCCGCCAAAUAACUUAAUAUUCCUUUGACCCACAGUCUUCAUAUUUGGCAUAGAGGUUAGUCAUGAUAAGUAAAUGACCCCUAUUGACUUUGAGGUCACCAGGUCAAAGGUCAAGGUCACAGGGGCCUUGAAUUCAAAAAGCUUGUCCGCCCAAUAACUUAAGAUUCCUUUGACCCACAGUCUUCAUAUUUGGCAUGGAGAUUAGUCAUGAUUAGUAGAUGACCCCUAUUGAUUUUGAGGUCACCAGGUCAAAGGUCAAGGUCACAGGGGCCUUGACUUCAAAAAGCUUGUCCACCCAAUAACUUUAGAUUCCUUUGACCCACAGUCUUCAUAUUUGGCAUGGAGGUUAGUCAUGAUUAGUAGAUGACCCCUAUUGACUUUGAGGUCACCAGGUCAAAGGUCAAGGUCACAGGGGCCUUGACUAUAAAAAGUUUGUCUGCCCAAUAACUUUAGAUUCCUUUGACCCAUAGUCUUCAUAUUUGGAGUGGAGGUUAGUCAUGAUUUGUAGAUGACCCCUUUUGAUUUUGAGGUCACUGGAUCAAAAGUCAAGGUCACAGGGACUUUGACUUCAAAAAGUUUGUCUGCCCAAUAACUUAAGAUUCCUUUGACUAACAGUCUUCAUAUUUGGCAUGGAGGUUAGUCAUGAUUAAUAGGUGACCCCUAUUGAUUUUUAGGACACUGGGUCAAAGGUCAAGGUCACAGGGGCCUUGACUAAGAAAGUUUGUCCACCCAUUAACUUAAGAUGCCUUUGACCCACAGUCUUCAUAUUUGGCAUGGAUGUUGAUCAUGACCAUAAGGUGACCCCUAUUGAUUUUGAGGUCACUGGGUCAAAGGUCACAGGGACCUUGACAAAAAAAGCUUUUCUUCUUAAUUGCUAAAGAAUGCCUGUCCGCAGUGUAUUGAUUUUGCCAUUUUCACAUUUGAAGCAUGUAGAAUACAUAACUUAGCAAUGCACUGGCUUAGUAACCUCAGAUUUGGCAGGGCGGUUGUCCUUGAGCUCUAAAUGGCCACUGUUGAUUCUGACAAAGUGGUAUGCGGGGGUAUUCACGCCAUGAUAGUGGCAGUUCUAGUUACUGACAGUUUUUGUUUUAUAUGUGUUGAUAAGUCAGUAAAAUUAAAAUGGUGCUGUUGCUUAAGUUUUGUGUCCAUUCUUCUAAAUAUGAAAGCUAUACUGUGACAGUAAAGUUUUAUCAUGUACAUUAUAUACAUUUCAAUAACAAAGCUUAUUGUAUAAGUAUACAUAUUUUUUUACACAUUUCUACAUUAAAUGCAUGUAUCAGGUGCACAAAAACAACCAAACAGGGAAAAUUCUGUAUCACACUCGAGUUCGAUAUGGAAUGACAUUCAGCUGGCUUUGCACCGAUUACAUUUUUCUUGAAUUCCGUAAUGUGAUUUCAAUUUGACAAGCUAUAUUUUAAGUAGGUAACUAUAAGAGUGUCUUGAUCUUUUACAUGUAUGUAGCUCUUUUGGAUUUUACAAGAAAGGAUCGCACUCCGCACUUCUACGCCUCGUGAGAUCUCAAACCUCGUAAAAUUCACUCGGGAGUCAAUAGAAGUUCAAGGUUAAGACAUUCUUAUGAUAAACCUAUUAAACUUUAACAGCAGUCAAAAUUGCAUGCAUUGAGGAAAGGAAAUCUGCAUUGAGGAAUGGAAAUCAAAUUUUGAAAUUAUUUUGGAACAUGUCUAAAAUCUGAGAACGUGACUGUAAUAAAUCGUGAAAAUUUCUUAAACAUAGCAAUCCUGUUUGAAAUGUUCUUGUUUGGUAGAAUGUCUUUACAUGUAUUUCCUACUAGUAAAAUGUGUUAUAUACAUGUUUAGGAAAGGAUUUACUAGAAGUUUUAAUUGUUCAAGUCUUUUGAGUGUGUUCAUUUGAUCUGUGCCAUGUUGUUUAUUUAUUAUAUACAUGAUAUCUACACAAAUCUACUAUCCAUGACAGUUAUUUACAAUGAAGUUGUUAUCCCUGAUAACCUCUUGAUUUUGUCAUAAGUUUUUUUUUAACAUUGAACCAGGUUCCAUACUCUUGGCUGCCUAAUUUUAGCCAUUUUGAUAAAAAAAUAGCCAUUUUUGUUUAAAAAUUUAGCCAUUUGAUUAAAAUUUAGCCAUUUUGAUAAAAAAAUUAGCCAUUUUGAUUUAAAAUUUAGCCAUUUGAUCGAAAAUUUAGCCAUUUUGAGUAUAAAUUCCCCACACAUUUACAAUGGAUGGGUCCAAUUUAACGGACAGGUCUGUUUUUAGAAAAUUAGCAUCGUUAGUAUUGUUUGAGAAGCUGUAACUUUGUUUCAAUAAGUCAGGUGUAUAUAGAAAAUUGCAGCAAGUAAAGUGGAGAGAAAUCUAUUUUUAGAAAUCCGUUACACAUCUACCUUGUAUAUACAUUCACAAACCGUGUAUUUUUUACACAGUUAUUUAUUUUAAUCAGUCAUUGAUCAUCAAAAGCGUGAGGGCACAUUUUAAUUGUUUUGUGAUUUACCCUUGACAUCACUCUAUCACCUUUCAUUUCAAACAUACAUAGAAUCUCUUCUAGUUGUUAUUAGCUUGACUUUUCAAAGAAUAUGGAGAGCUGUUGUACUCACUCAGGCGUCAGCAACAACUUUGGUUUAAUUUUACAUGCAAGUUGGUAUCUCUAAAACUUAAGAAAGGGAAUGAGUUUAAACUUCACGCACUUAUAUGAGAGCAUGGUAGGAGGCCAUGGCCCGUAACUCUGACAUUUAUUUUGACAGAAUUAUAGCCCUUUUUGAACUAAGAAAAUUCUGCAAUAUCCAGGCUCUUGUUUUACAUACUGAGAGUAGUACUAGCAACAGCUCUUGAUUUGUUACGUUUUGACAAGGUUACUUUCUGCAUAUAUAUAUAAAUUAUGUUGUGAAAUUAUUUUUUCUAUACACAUACAUGUACCCUCUAAUUUUGAGGUCAGACACUUAAAAUACAGAACUUCGUUUUUUUUUUGGACGGAGACAAACUUGGUAAACAGUAGAUACACAUUUUAAUAGUCUGUGUGCUACAUACAAGUCACUUAUGUUUAAAGUAGGUCUUAAGAAAGUAUUAAAUAAUUUAUAUUUUGUAUUUCUGACCAGCGAGAUUUCAUGAUAAAAUGUUAACAGCAUGUUUAACAAAGGGCAUUAUAAAUUUGGUCUAAAUGUAAGUGUAAGCAAACAUCUAGGAAGUGUAAGGGAAUGCAUCUCAAGAAAAAUAGUUUUGCUCUUGAUUUUUUGAGGUUUUGUUUGGGGUAUGCAUAUAUUUAGUACAAUAAAAAUGUUCAGGGGAUUAGAGUUUUCACUUUGCUGAAAAGAAGUGGUGCCUACACAGCUUAUACAGACUUAUAGCUUAUACAAAACUACACCACUGUAUAAAUGUCAUGAGAAAAUGCUAACUAUUAUUACCUGAGAUGUGAAUGGUGUUUUUUUGGUCCGUCCAUCAGUGGUUUAUUUUUGUGUGUUAUACCCUGUAAAGAAAUUAUAUUGUUUUCACUUUAAAACAUGUUUGUACUAUCUAAGAUUGUAAGCAAUUAUUUUAUUAAUAGUUGUUAAACUGUAGUCAUAUGACGCCAUUACAUAGCCAUUUGAGCCGCGUCACAACAAAACCAACAUAAUGCGUUUGCGACCAGCAUGGAUCCAGACCAGCCUGCGCAUCUGUGCAGUCUGAUCAGGAUCCAUGCUGUUCUCUAUCAGUUUCUCUACUUGUAAAUAGGGUUUGUAAGCGAACAACAGCAUGGAUCCUGAUCAGACUGCGCGGAUGCACAGUCUGGUUGGGAUCCAUGCUGGUCACAAAUGCAAUAUGUUGGUUUUGUCAUGGCACGGCUCAUGUAAUCUAGCUAUAACUGUGUUCAAUCAUUUAAUCUUCAUGUCAGUGCUAUUGGUUGGUCAGAGUAGAGACAGCGAUAACAGAGAUAGUUUUAAUUGCUACAAAAUGCCUAAUUUUUCACUUUUUGGUUGACAUGAGAAGUAAAAUAGGAGCUGCUUAUCUCUGUUAUCUACAUCUCUGGUCAGAGUGACAAGAAAGAUAACCUUGAGAGAGUCUUGACAGGCUAUUAUGCCUCCCACCCCCAGAGUAUACUACCUUCUGUGAUUGGAAAGUAGAAAAAAUGUUGUACUUUUUUUUUAAUUUGAUGUUUUUCACUUACUUACUAUAUUAUAAGCACUGACACUUAUUGAAUUCUGUGACCUGUACAAAAGGUCAAGAAGGUUCAUAGUGAAUUUGAUUGGUUGUUAUUAUGCUCCUGGAGUAUUCUCCCUUUUUCUAGUUGGAAUUUAGAAAAUAAUUUAUUUUUUUAUUAUUGGGGGGGGGGGGGGUUCAUACUUUUUUUUUACCUUCAACAAAUAGCUUCAACACUUUAUGAAUAUAAUAACCUCAAGAAAACGGCUCAUGGAGAAUGUGAUUGGUUGUAAAUAUGCUAUUGGAGUACAUGUAUUUUUAUUGGAAUUUAGGAAGAAAAUAGUCUUUUUUCACCUUCUGCACAUGCCACUGACAUUUCCUGAAUUAAAUCAGUACAAAAAGCUCAUAUGACACCAAUCACCCAAUAAACAGUUUCUGGAUCACCAUGAUCUUGUCUCAUUUUAACCUUUGUUGCCAAUGGGGAACAUAUUUGUUUGCCAAAUGCAUUUUAGCUUUUGUUGUCUGCCUAAAUGGAAGAGCUGUCUGUGAAUCCUGUAGUCUUUGUUAGUUGUCUUUAACCAGAAUCUUGUAUAUACAAGUAUAAACAGCUUACAACUUUAUCUUUCAUGCUUUUUAUGCUUAGAAGGAUUUUUUUAAAUAUAUAAACGAAACUUACACAGGGUAUAUAAAUUUAGGAAUGAAGCUAAUGAUAUUUAGUUGAUAAUUUUUUUCUUAAUUUGUUUUAAUGUGAUACUUAAAAAAUCCAAUUUCUGCUAAAUAUUGUAGAAAUUAAAACUGGUAACAAAUAUGGAACUAUUAAUGGAAUUGGUAACAAAUUUAGCUACAUGUAGUAAUAUAUUUGAGCCUUUUUUGGCUAGACUAUUGAGCUGGGACAAAGUUUCAGCCAAUUUUAGUUUGACUUUUUAGCUAACCAUUUUUGGCCUCACUUUUUAGCUAGUACAAUGUUUCAGCCUUUUUUUGGCUUGACUUUUGAGCUAGUGUAACUUUUCACACAUUUUUUGGCAAAACUUUUUAGCUAGUACAACAUUUCUGCCAUUUUUGGCUUGACUUUUUAGCUAACACAAUGUUUCACUAUAUGAGCUAU